AUGGGCGACAACACCACACCCACCCCCCCAACAGAAACAGGAACCGGAACCGCAACAUUCCACCUCGCCUCCAGCGAAUCCUACGCCCUGCAACAUAACCACCUCGCCGCCUGCCGUCUCAACCUCCAACAUUACCUCUGGCGCGAAGUCUUCCGCUUCAACAUCCACCCCUCAAUCCCCACCACCACCACCCCCUUAGCCAUCGCCGACAUAGCCUGCGGCACCUCCCUCUGGCUCAUCGACACCGCCCGAGACCUCCCCCACGCACACCUCGACGGCUACGACAUCGACCUCACCCAAUCCCCGCCCCCGCAAUGGCUCCCCAAAAACAUCUCCCUGCAUGAAUGGGACGCUCUAACCCCAGCCCCGGCCCAUCUGCAUGGGAAAUACGAUAUUAUUCAUGUCCGUCUCGUGGUCUUGUUCCUCACGGGUAUCGAUCCCACCGUAUUCAUCCGCAACAUUUACACAAUGCUAAAACCGGGGGGGUGGGUGCAGUGGGAUGAGCUCGAUUGUGCGAAUAUCUCUGUUAAAACUACCACCCCGGGUGUAUCUGUCCCUGCGUUGGAAGAGCUAAAGGUUGCUUGUUCUGCAGACGGCAGGCAUGAUUGGUCAAUUGAGUUAGCGGAGAUAUUAGCCAACCAUGGAUUCGAAGACACGAAGUUACAGUUCUUCGAUGAGAAAGAUGAGCUGGUCCGCGCAUUUGGAGACCAGCAUUUAUUAACGAUGGGGGAAUUUGCGAAUAAAUUGGCAGGGAGGGGGGAGAAACUCGCUGCGGGGAGGUUUAAUCUUCUUGUUGAGAGGGCGUAUGGCGAGAUGGUGGAGCGGGGUGCCGCGUUGGCGAUUCCGAGGGUUGUUGCUUUGGGCAGACGGCCUUUAUCAUCAUCAUCAUCAUCAUAG